CGCAGGCAAAUAUAAUUCAUUUGCUAUUGACGAUUUGACGAAUCAACCCCUUCUUCACGCUCAUUUUUUUUGACCAGAAAAACAAUUCCUUCCUCACAUACACAACCCCUUCUUCACGCAUUGCAUCUCCUCAGUCCUCACGCAUUACAUCUCCUCACGCAUUGCAUCUCCUCACACAAACAAAAAAUUAUAACAAUUCGAAAGAAUUUUUUUUUUGAUAAAAUUCGAUUUAUCGAUUCGGAUGUUGGAACCCCCUCAUGUUAAAUUGUCGUUAAAUCGACUUUUCCUCCCUUACUUCCUCGUCCUUCUUGUCCUCUCUGGCUUUAUUUCCCCUCAAACAUUACCCAAAAGAGAAGUCGAUGCUUUAAGAGCCAUAGCGAAGACGCUGAAAAAGAGUAAUUGGGAUUUCAGUGUGGAUCCAUGCGACACAAAUUUAACUGAAGGAGGAUGGAGAGAUGUUAACGCCGACAGAGAUUUCAAAGACGCUGUUACUUGUGGUCACUGCUCCACCGUUUGCCAUGUCACCAGCAUAUCUCUCAAGGGACAAAGCUUUCAAGGAUUUCUUCCUAGAGAGUUUGCAGAACUUCCUUUUCUGCAAGAGAUUGAUCUGUCUAGAAACUAUCUCAACGGCUCCAUUCCCCCCGAGUGGGGAUCACUGCCACUUGUCAACAUAUCACUACUUGGAAACCGGAUAAGUGGUCAAAUCCCAAAAGAGAUAGGAAACAUUACAACCCUUUUGAGCUUGGUACUGGAUAACAACCAGAUUUCAGGGAAAUUACCUCCAGAGCUCGGGAAUCUACCAAACGUUCUAAGACUCUUUGUUAGCUCAAACUACUUGAGUGGGGACAUCCCAAGUACGUUUUCCAACCUUACUACAUUGACUGAUUUCCGUAUAAGUGACAAUCAGUUCAAUGGUACUAUACCAGAUUUCAUCCAGAACUGGACAGAACUUGGAAAACUGGUCAUUCAAGCAAGUGGUUUAGUCGGACCGAUUCCUAGUACCAUUGCUACUCUUAAGAGUCUAAGAGACUUGAGAAUCAGUGACUUGCGCGGACCCGGAUCUCCAUUUCCACCACUACAAAACAUGACAUCGAUGAAGCUAUUGAUUCUUGGGAACUGCAAUCUUACAGGAGAAUUACCUGCGUAUCUUGGACAGAUGAAAUCGUUAAAACUCUUAGAUCUAAGCUUUAACAAACUAACUGGACCAAUCCCGGUAACAUAUAGCGCUCUUUCAAAUGUAGAUAAUAUAUAUUUUACAAGUAACAUGUUAAACGGGGAAGUACCAAGUUGGAUGGUAGACAAAGGAGAACAGAUUGAUCUUGCGUACAAUAACUUCAUUAAAGAUACAAGAACUGCAGAAUGUAUGCUGAGCGAUGUGAAUAUGUUUUCCAGCACAAGCCCUUUAGUGGCAAAUAACCACUCCAACGGUUCGUGUCUGAGUAACUAUAAAUGUAUAAAAACUUUCUAUGGACUUCAUAUAAACUGUGGUGGUGAUAAAGUAACAAUCAACAAGAUUCAGUAUGAUGCUGACGCAUCGGAUAAGAACUUCUAUGAUAGUCGAAAUGGUUGGGUUUAUAGCAACACUGGACGUUUCGUGGAUGACGAUCGGGCUCUCAAAGGACCCUUACGGGCAAAUACGUCAGAGCUUAAGACAACAGAUUAUAGACUUUAUACACAUGCCCGUCUCUCGGCCAACUCCCUCACUUACUAUGCGUUGUGUCUUCGAAAUGUAAAUUACACGGUUAAUCUUCAUUUCUCUGAAAUUAUGUUCAGCGACGACAACACGUAUAGCAGUUUGGGAAGACGAUUCUUUGACAUUUAUAUUCAGGGUAAGCUUGAGAUUAAGGAUUUUAAUAUCGUAGAUGACGCAAAAGGUGCUGGAAGAGCUGUGGUUAAGAGUUUCUCGGUCAUGAUUACAAAUGGAAAACUGGAAAUAAGAUUGAUUUGGGCUGGUAAAGGAACUCAAGCUUUGCCUGUAAGAGGCGUAUAUGGUCCUCUCAUAUCCGCUGUGUCGGUAGAUCCAGAUUUCACCCCACCAAAGGAACCUGGCGCUGAAACUGCUGGAGGAAGCUCUGUUCGUACAAGCUCUGUUGGUACAGUGGUUGGUGCUGUAGUUGCUUCCAUGGUGUUUCUUGUGCUUUUAAUCGGGGGUAUCUUAUGGUGGAGAGGCUGCUGUAGACCAAAGAGUCAAAUUGAAAAAGAUUUCAAGAACCUGGAUUUCCAGAUUAGUUCCUUCUCGCUGAGGCAAAUCAAAGUUGCUACAAACAACUUUGAUCCCGCCAACAAGAUCGGAGAAGGCGGAUUCGGUCCUGUGCACAAGGUACACGUUCUAAGGGAACAAAACAAACUGAUGGAAGUAGUAGACCCGAGGCUAGGAACAGAUUACAACAGAGAAGAAGCAAUGACGAUGAUCCAGAUUGGGAUCCUGUGCACAAGUCAACUUCCGUCGGACAGACCAUCGAUGUCGACGGUGGUGAGUAUGCUCGAAGGACAUUCAACGGUGGAUGUUGAGAAGCUUCUAGAAGCUUUGUUCAAUAGAGGAAGUGAGAAAGACGAAGAGAGCAUGAGGGCGAUGAAGAAGCAUUACGCGAUGAUAACAAACACCACGGAUCAAACUACCAACGCUGGCGAUCUUUACCCUGUUAAGCUUGAUUCUUGCUUAUUGGAACAUUACAUUAGAUCUUAAUUAUGGAUUAUGUAUGCAAGAAAAUAUUAUGGAGUAAGUAAUUAUGACUUGUUUCGCAAUUUUGUAUAAAUGCUUUUUUAUAAUUAUUUUAUUAAGACAACUAGAAGAUUACGUUCUUAAUUUUGGAUUAUGUAUGCAACUUUUUUUUGAACAACUGAUAAUUAUAUUAUUAAUUGGCAAGCAA